UGACCGCCAUGUUGAUGCCCUAUCGCCGGCCCUAACAACCGGUGUAUAUAAAUUAUUUUAAUAUAAAGCGCUAGGCAGUGGAGUCUUCAGUACAGUUUUGUGUUAGACUAGUUCCAGAAUGUGUUCAGCUUAUGUUAAAAGCCUCGCACCUACCGAGCAAGAACAAUACAUUAAAAAAAUUGAACUUUUAUGCAUUGAAGAUCCGUAUCUUCUUAGUGAUCAGCGUCAACUUGUAGAUGAUAUCAGUAUUUGGCCAAAAAUUGAAAACAUGGACAUAGUGAACUAUUUAGUGUUUUCGACCAACAAAGUGACACAGGAACAGAUGAGAAACUAUAAAAGCAUGAAGUCCUAUGUAUACUUUACGGAUGGGCUUGUGUCCCAAAUAAAAUGCAGAGAAUUUGGAAGCAAAGUCGUCGUUGUUGCCAAAGUCAAGCAUUCACAAAAGGCAGCAGAAAAGCCAGUUGAGCCAUGGCUUUUUUGUCAACAAACUGGAGUUAUUUUGGCUGCCCACUGCAAUUGCAUGGCUGGGCUAGGCGAAUCGUGUUCACACAUAGGGGCCCUGCUGUUUGCCAUAGAAGCAGGAUGUAGACUGCAAGAUAAUGUGUCAACCACACAAAAAACUUGUCAGUGGAUUCUCCCUCCCUCCCUUCAAAAAGUCCCUUAUCUGGCGGUGGCUGAUGUAAAUUUUGAUACCCCAGAGGCAAAGAAGAAGAAAUUAGACAAGCAGCCAACCAUAAACACAUCAGUCAUAGAGAAACAAACACAGUCUGCCCCGCUAGACAAAGAUACAUUUUUGGAAGAGCUAUCAAAAAUAAGCUGUGCAUCAGCUAUUCUAUCAAUACUCCCUAAACACACUUACACAUUCAGAGCUUCACAGACAACACUACCUUCUCCGCUCACAUCAUUAUUUGACCCAAAACACAUAAAUUUAAGUUACACUCAGCUAGUGGCAGUGGGGAAUUCUUUACGCUGGGAACAUUUCAAUGAGGUUUCUCGGCAGGCUAUUGAAGCUGCAACUAGAGAUCAGUCACAUUCAAAGGAAUGGUUUCGUCAAAGAGCUGGGCGUAUUACUGCAUCCAGAAUUCAAGCCUGUUGCAACACCAACUUAGCACAGCCAUCAAUGUGCCUUGUAAAACAAAUAUGUUACCCUCAGCAACAAACAUUUCAAUCUCCUGGCAUGAGGUGGGGUUGUGAACAUGAAAGCUUUGCAUUUCAGCAAUAUGCACAAAGCUGGGGGGCACAGCAUAUUAAUUUUAAAAUUACAAAAAGUGGACUAGUAAUUCAUCCUGAAAUGCACUACAUAGGAGCCUCUCCAGAUGGUAUGGUUACCUGUGACUGCUGUGGACAAGGUGUGGUUGAGAUAAAGUGUCCUUCAUGCACUAAGGAGAAAAUGUUAAGUGACAUAUCCAAUAAGGAGGCCAAAAACCUUGGUCUGGGACCAAAUAAACAAUUAAGUAGCACACACCGCUACUACUAUCAAAUCCAGACCCAAAUGGCAGCUACCAAGUCUUCAUAUGCUGAUUUUGUCAUAUGGACAACAAAAGAUGUUCACAUAGAAAGAAUUUUUUUUGACAGUAAUUUGUGGUCAAGCAUCUCUGUUAAGGCAGCAGAAUUUUUUCAGAAAAUUAUAUUGCCUGAACUCUUGGCAUGCUAUUAUACCAAUAAAAAGGCAUCUGGCAUUACUAAAGCUGUUGGCUUACCACUGACAAAAAGAAAUAAGCCUACUCUGAAUAAGUUAAAAUAAAAAUGAAAUAUGAAAUGUGUUUUUAUUUUUUAUUAAAUAUUAAAAUACA